UUUAAAUUUAUUAUUAUUUAUUAAACCUAUUAAUUGUACUUAAGUUAUUUUUGCAUUAUUAUAAAGCAAAUUCGCCAGCUAAUGAGUAAAGUUAUUUGGAUGAUGUUGGUGUUAGCUUUUAAUAUAUAAAUAAGGGAUUUUUAUAAAAUAAAAUCAGAAUAGAACUUGAGUUCAAACCUGUAACACACAGUUUAGUUUUCUGCGAUCUCCAGACAAUCCUUUCAAAAUGAAAUUCGCUAUCGCCACCUUCUUCACCUUGGCCUUGGUUAUGGGUGCCCAAUCAUCUAUAAUUCCUUGGGGUAAUGUAAUCACCGAAAUCGCCGGUGGUCCUCUUUCCUACACCGCAGUCACAUCACCAAUUGUGUCCGCUUGGCCAGCUCCCGUUCCUAUUGUAGCUGCUGCUCCCGCCAGUUAUGUUGCCCAAACUCGUGGUGCUGUGCACGCUGCUCCCUUGGAGGGACAUCUCAAUUCAGUAGCAAAUAUUAAUGUAGCUCCAGCUCCUGGUACCAUCUAAGUGAUUACCACCAAAUACAGUCAUCGUAGUCAAUAAAAAACAACAAGUUUCCCGCCCAUUCAGAAACUGCCAGUGUGAUGUUUGAAUUCUUUUUCUCUUUUCCGAAAAAAGAGCAAAAGAAAUUAGUUUUAAUAUUUUUCUUUGUUACAAUCUAAAAUUUUUCUAAUUUGCACAUAAAUUUCAUUUCUAUUGUGUUUUUCUGUAAUUUAUUCACUUUUUACAUAUCAACACUUUUUUUCGGUUUCUUAUUUCCUUUCUGUCGCCUUUAUUUUUUCUCUUUUUUCUGUUAAUAAAGCAAGUACUUUGUAAAAAAAGUAAAA